CGAAUAAUUAUGGCACCGUAGAAUUAGGUAUGCUAGGCUAUUUUUGAUGCCUAGUCUUCUUCUACCUAACGGGCAAUCGUCGCUCUUUACAGUAAUCUAGAGUAGUCACUCAAGCCCACAGCGUACUUGUAUCAUUGUCAUAAGCGAUGAACAAUUAGCACUCUUCACGCAAUGGCCUCAACUGACAGGUAUCCUUGAUGAUAACUAGCCAUUGAUGCUUGACCAUGCCGACCUUCUCAAGGACAAUAUCCAUGUUAAUCCGCACACAGGUGCUAUCCUAAGUAUCUAUAACUAGAGAGACGCCGAGAUCAGUCCUUUUGGCAUGUCUCUAGAGGGCUUGAAACUAUUGCUUGGAAUCCGCAAGAUGAAUGAGCAUGGUUGGAGUUACUUCCCAAGCUCCCAGAGCAGUUCUGGACUACCUCCUACCGUUGCUUGGGCCUAUCGUCUGAAGUGUAGCAGAAAAGUAUCGCGAUUGCGAGGCGGAUUGAUCUCUUCCCGGAGAAGGGGUUCAUGGGGACGACCAUGGCAAUUUGAGCCCAGCCACAGAGGAAAACUUAGACCUACCUAUGUACCUCGGCAUUGUUGUUUUCUCUAAGCUUAGGAUCCGGUUAUCGAAGAUUGGCGAUUAUUGACGUUAUCGAAGCUAUGGAUGGUGGCGGAUGUGAGAAUUGCUGACAAAAACUUCCUUUGGCCGGAUAUGUGUGAGGCCUGGCUCACGGGAGGAGCCGAGCCCUUAUGCUCCUGAAAGUCCAUUCUCGUAGUUCUAGGUCUUGAUGAGAUACUUACUAGUCAAUUUGACCGUUAAGACUCGAUAGAUGCCCACGACAACCCAGUUGCCUGGAUACUUACAUUGAGCCCCCGAGCGAAAGCGGUGAUGCGUGCAUUCAGGAGAGACCUUUACCUACCUCUAAGUACAUACGGACUGAGCACCU